AUGGCCUGGGUUGCUUGGGAAAAAAUUCUAGCAUCCAAAGAAAGAGGGGGACUCGGGGUUGGCAGUUUGAAAGCCCAGAAUAUUGCUCUCAUGGGUAAAUGGUGGUGGCGAUUCAGAACCCAACCGGAUAGCAUUUGGGCCUUGGUAAUUCAAGCCAUUCAUGGUUCAGAGGGUGGUUUGGCACGGCCAAAGGCCGUUAGAAGAAGAAGCAGCUGCUGGGGCUCGAUUGCUUGCCUGCCUUCAGUUUUAGAAAAAGAUCAGGUGCCUUUUCUUACUUUCUUCCAAAACUCAUUAAAUCUUGAUGGUUCAUACAAAUGGUCAUGGUCACUUGAUCACUCGGGUGUUUAUACUGUGUCCUCACUACGAAAGGAUAUAGAUAACCGGACCCUGCCCCAUAGUGAUGCUGUUUGGAAUUGGAACCCGCUUGUCCCGGGUAAGGUAAACAUUUUAGCCUGGAGAGUCAGUCAUGGUAGGCUGCCAUGCAUGGUGAAUUUAUAUAAGAUUGGUAUCAGUUCUUCAUACUUAUGUCAAAUGUGUCAUGAAGCCACAGAAUCGGUUGACCACAUCUUUGUGGGCUGCCCGAUUUCAAAAGAUGCAUGGGCACAGGAACAACAAGGCUCACCGCUCAAACCAAACCUCUGGCUCAAAAUCGACUUUGGCUUUCGAGUAUCUUUAUUCGACCCUGUUCUUGUAGUCUCCCAAAGAGUUACCAGAACAAUGGAGGAAGAAGGGCUUGCAUCGCCACUUCUGAGUAAUCAUGUGAAUCAAGAAUCAGAAAAGAGAGCUCGAUCAUAUUCAUACACUAAAGAUGAGAUAUUGACAGAAUUUAAGAAGCAGUUAUACUUAGCAGGGCCUUUGAUAACAAUAAACCUAUUGAUUUGUGGGUUAUCGAUGAUUUCCGUCAUGUUUGUGGGUCACCUUGGUGAGCUCGCUCUCUCCGGUGCUUCAAUGGCGACUUCUUUUGCUUCCGUCACUGGUACAAGCUUGAUGAUUGGAAUGGGGAGUGCUUUAGACACAUUCUGUGGACAAUCAUAUGGCGCAAAACAAUAUCACAUGCUCGGAAUCCAUAUGCAGAGAGCGAUGAUUGUUCUUUUAUCAGUGAGCAUUCCUCUUGCUUUCAUUUGGGCAAAUGCAGGAUCCUUGCUUGUUCUCCUAGGACAAGAUCCUGAAAUCUCAGCAGAAGCUGGACUCUAUGCUCGAUUCAUGAUCCCUAGUCUUUUUGCAAACGCAUUACUUCAAUGCCAUGUUCGAUUUCUUCAAUCUCAAAACAAUGUCGUUCCGAUGAUGUUAAGCACUGGGAUUACAACGCUUGUUCAUGUUCUUGUUUGCUGGAUUAUGGUGUUUAAAUCUGGGCUCGGAAGUCGAGGUGCAGCAUUAGCGAAUGCUGUUUCUCUUUGGGUUAAUGUUUUGUUGUUGGCGAUUUAUGUUCGGGUUUCUCCUUCGUGUAAAAAGACUUGGACUGGUUUCUCGAAAGAAGCUUUCUCUAACAUUCCGACAUUUUUGAAACUUGCAGUUCCUUCUGCAGUUAUGGUCUGUUUGGAGAUAUGGUCGUUUGAGAUGAUGGUGUUGUUAUCUGGUCUUCUUCCAAAUCCUCAACUAGAAACCUCGGUUCUUUCUAUCAGCUUGAAUACGUGUUCAAUGAUUUACAUGAUUCCUCUAGGUCUAAGUAGUGCCACAAGUGUAAGGGUUUCAAAUGAAUUAGGUGCAGGACGAGCACAAGCAGCACGUUUAGCGAUACGUGUUGCAAUGGUUGCGGUAGUGACUGAAGGGGUUUUGGGUUCAAUGGUCUUGAUUUUUGGGAGAAAACUAUGGGGUUAUUGUUACAGUAAUGAAGAAGAGGUGGUGACUUAUAUUGCACAAAUGAUGUUGCUUAUUGCCGGAUCUCAUUUCGUUGAUGGCAUCCAAUCCGUACUUUCAGGGGCGGUUAGAGGGAGUGGACGACAAAAAGUUGGUGCAAUUGUGAACUUAGGAGCGUAUUAUCUAAUUGGGAUUCCUUUAGCGAUCUUGUUUGCUUUUGUACUUCACAUGGGAGGAAAGGGAUUAUGGUACGGAAUUAUUGCGGCAUUAUUUGCUCAAGCGUUCUUUCUUUAUGUUUUGACAUUAUGCACAAACUGGGAAAAGGAAGCAAAGAAGGCCAAUCAAAGAGUUUAUGAGUCUAUGGUCCAUGAUGAAGUAUCAUAGCGAAGGUAAAUAACGAAGAAAUAGCCUUCAAUUUGAAAAGAAACAUCGACCAUCAUGAUGAAGUAUUUUUAUGUUUCUUUUUCGUGAUUUUUUGUCGAGAUUGAAUGGUUUCUUGUAUUUUAUAAUACAACGAUACAUGUAGUGUGAAAGUUGGCUAUCCUAUAAUACGUUUUGGAUUGGUUAAAUUCUUAGAUUUUAAUGGAUUUGGAUAUAAAAUUCGGUAUAAUCCAUGUCCGGAACAAAAAAUAUAUAUAAGGACAUUAAAUUAGAAGUGUUUUCAAUUAAUUUGUUAAAUUCUUACGUUAUGGAUUGGUAAAUUCUUACAUCUCCGUUCAAAUUAAUUUGUUUUCUCAAAUUAAAUUCUGAAUGAAGUUAACAUGAAAAUGUGAAUUAUACUAAAUUCAAUGUAGAUCUUCCAAACCAAACCAAACAAAUUUCAAUUUCUUCAAAAUCUAAAACCCCCUAAAUCUAAAUUCUUUGCCGAUUUCAAAAUCCUAUGAAGAUAAUCAUACAAUCCAAACACCCCCUAAGGGUAUUAGUGCUUUUGAUUUUAUAACUGGCUUUUCAAUUAUAC